AUGUCAAAUACUGCUGGUCUUGUGAUCCCAUGCAAAGCUGCAGUUUCAUGGGAAGCGGGAAAACCAUUGGUGAUACAGCAAGUGGAGGUUGCACCACCACAAGCAAUGGAAGUGAGGGUCAAAAUUAAGUACACCUCACUUUGUCACACUGAUCUCUACUUCUGGGAAGCUAAGGGACAAACACCAUUAUUUCCUCGCAUAUUUGGUCAUGAAGCUGCUGGAAUAAUAGAGAGUGUUGGUGAAGGAGUAUCGGACCUCCAAGUUGGUGAUCAUGUGCUUCCAGUGUUCACGGGAGAAUGUGGUGAUUGUGCACACUGCAAGUCUCAGGAAAGUAAUAUGUGUGACCUUCUGAGAAUAAACACAGAUAGAGGGGUUAUGCUUAGCGAUGGAAAGUCUCGAUUUUCGAUCAAUGGGAACCCGAUAAAUCAUUUUCUUGGUACAUCGACCUUCAGUGAGUACACAGUUGUUCAUUCUGGCUGUCUAGCAAAAGUCAAUCCAUUGGCACCUCUGGAUAAAAUCUGUAUCCUUAGUUGUGGUGUCUCAACUGGAUUAGGUGCAACUCUGAAUGUAGCAAAACCAAAAAAGGGCUCAUCUGUUGCCAUUUUUGGGCUGGGAGCAGUUGGCUUAGCUGCUGCUGAAGGUGCGAGAAUUGCUGGGGCAUCAAGAAUUAUUGGAAUUGACUUGAGCCCAAAAAGAUUUGACGAAGCCAAGAAAUUUGGAGUUACAGAGUUCGUCAAUCCUAAGGAACAUGACAGACCAGUUCAACAGGUCAUUGCAGAGAUGACAAAUGGAGGUGUUGACAGGAGUGUGGAGUGUACGGGUAACGUUAAUGUCAUGGUUUCUGCUUUUGAGUGCGUCCAUGAUGGAUGGGGCGUCGCUGUACUUGUUGGCGUGCCCAACAAAGAUGCAGUCUUCAUGACCAAGCCUAUUAAUCUAUUGAACGAGAGGACACUUAAAGGAACUUUCUUCGGGAAUUACAAACCUCGGACUGAUCUUCCAUCAGUCGUUGAUAUGUACAUGAACAAGAAACUAGAGCUGGAUAAGUUCAUAACUCAUCGCCUUUCGUUCUCUGAAAUCAACAAGGCCUUUGAGUACAUGGUGAAAGGAGAGGGCCUGCGAUGCAUAAUCAGCAUGGAAGAUUAA